AUGAAUAUCAUCGACGAGUACGACCUGGACAUGUACAAAAACAUUGUCAUGUCUAACAACUGCAAGGAGGAAGACAUUCUGUGCAUUUUUAAUAUGUCCAGUUUUAUGAACACAUUAUGCUUUAUUAUAUUUUUUAUUAUUUUCCUGUGGGCGCUUACCAUCAUUUCGAGGUACUACACCUCGUACAAUAUUAUGAAGUACCUGAGGGACCGGAAGGCCAUCUACAUGCAGAACAUGUCCCGCUACAUCGACGAAAUAAAAAUGCUCUGCAGGAGCCACGUGAACGACAUCAUCCGAAUAAAAAAAAAAAUAACUCCCAAAACUGUCGACAAGAUAAAUUUAGACAUAUGUAUCCACGACAAUAUACAGUUGGUGAAAAAUUACCUGAGUUCCAGUGCAAGUGACACGACUGACCUGUACACAUAUGGCGUCACCUUCACCUUCUCGUCCAAGAAUCCCGUCUGUGUUACCCUCUACUGGGGGGUCCUCCUUAAGGAAAUUAAUCAGGUCAUACACGAUAAGAUGGAGGCACGAAAGAAGACAACAAACGGAAGAAGCACCGUCAUUUGUAUAGAUAACUUUAAAACAUUUUUUAAGGAAGGGUUUAGCAGGUCGUUACAGUCCAAACCUUCCUCCGAUGCGAUGACGUACCUUCUCGAUAAACAUAAGGGUAGUAGUAGUCUCUAUUCCGGGGAGGAAGAUAUGACAGGAGGAGAAAACUUUUACGACCAUCACCAUCAUAACCACCGUGAUCAUUUAUCCCAACAGCAGGGCACCUCCUUCAUUAACUUCACCUCCUGUUUACACAAGACACCUAGCUCCUUCUUCGCGAGCAGGGAAAACAUCACCUACACGAUGCCCUCCGAGGAGAGUUUCUGCGUCGCAGAUGUACUGGGCCAAAUAGAGGUCGAGAAAAAUGACUACCUAGAUGAUAUAAAAGAAAAACUAAAAAAAAACAAAUACGAACAACAACACUCCCUCGACGAAAAAGUGUUAAGUAGCCACAUGAGCGAUGACAAGAUAAGGAUCCCCCUUACUAUUCUCAUAAACGAUGCACCUCAGAUGGAUUCCAUGUCCACUUCCUCUCUAUAUGGUAACUCCUCUGGGGGUAGGGGGUUAGGUGUCUCCAAGUCUGUCUCCCCGACGAAAGGCGUAGGGAAAAACCGAGGCAGCAACGGAGCCCAUGCCAGCACGCUAGUAGUUCUGGUCGACUUCAAAAAAAUGAAGGACAAAUAUAUCCCAUCCAUAAUUAAGGACAUUUGUGUGUUUAGCGAAAAUGGAACCAACACAGCGGUACAUAAAAGCAAAAAGAAAAAUGAAGUUUUUCAAUUUUUGGAUAUACUAGAUAUUUAUGGACAUGAGGAACACGAUAAGGAGUGCCUCAUUUGCAUGACCUCCUACAAGGACACCUUGUUGAUGCCGUGCCGACACUCAUCCUUCUGCUACGACUGUAUGAAGUCGUUGCGGCAGGAGAAGUGCCCCAUCUGUAGGUGCCUCUUCACUUCCUUUAUAAAGUUCCCCCUCAAAAAUAUGGACAGGGGGGGGGACAUGCCCUAA